UUUUAUGUAUCGGAUACUGAAGCUGACAGACUAUUAAGAUCACGGGAACAUGGGCCACACAACAGAACGGCUGGUGCAUCCUACAUUCAGGUGACAGAGCUACAACACACAGACUAUACAACCGUGCAUUACCUUAUAAGGAUAUAACAGUAGCAGCUUGUUUACUCAUAUCAGAUACAGGACAGGUAUCACCGUGAUGGCAGCUCCGAUGUCUUAUGUUAACCUAGGCCUUGCUGUGUUAUUUGUCCUCGUGCUGUGUCUCGGACUGUCUUUAGCAGAUCAGUAUGGUUACCCAUCAAUAGAGGAGGAGAGUCUGGACAACGCCAUUACAGCAGACAAAAGAUACGCCAUGAUGUCGUACGGAUAUGGCCGAGGCCGAGGGAGCAGAAAUAGGUAUGGAUAUUACAGAAACUUUUACGGAAAGCGUUACAGGUACUACUCCUACUGGCAACCAUGGACUCGCCUCCCAAACAAACAAUGUUACCGCCAGGCCUGUCACUCCGACAAAGACUGUUGUCGGCAUCACAAUAUCUGUGACAAAAGUGCCAAGAUAUGCUAUGACUGUUGGUAUGGUUACCCGUGUCGGACAUCCCGCGACUGUUGUGAAAGGUGGCCUCGCUGCAGCUCCAGAGGAAGAAUGUGUACAAGUUAAAAUGCACAGACAAGCAUGACGUCAUUAAAUCCUCGCUCAUGAAAAUAAAUCCAUACGACGCAUUUUCUAUUUUUGCUAUGCCUUUUUUGUGUCGAGGAAUGCAAUUCUUCUCAUCUCAACAUGUCCCUGUUUUUGACCCCACUGAUAAUACAGAGUAUAUAACCUCUGAAUCAAUCUAAACUGACUUCCGAUUAUAUUAAUCCAAUAGUCCAUUGUGUAAUAUUUGUGGGUUUUUUUCAUUAAAUAUUUUGAUUUGAAUAAAGAA